GAAACCGUCCUCUCCGUAUUCGUCGCUGGUUGCCUCGCAACUGGCGAGACGAGUGUUGCGACAGCGCGGCCGCAGCGCCGCCGCCAGUCGCCGCCCCGAGCCCGCGCCGCCAGGUCGCGCUCACGCAACUCGCCUCACACACACACACACACCGAGUGCAUUCAUCCCAAACGUUCCGAAUUCAAAACUCGAGUGCAAUAAGUGAAUCGAAAAGUGCAUGUGCCCAAGUGACUAGUGUCUCUCUGAUUGUAACUGGCCAGUGUUUGUGCUUGUGUUCUCUGUUCAAACUUGGAAUUUUAACGGAGUUGCCUUAAAAGAGAUUGAUAUUGGAUUGAAGUGCAUCACACAUACUUUGGGUCAGUAAGCCGCUUAAGAGAUUUCUUCUUCUGAGAGCCAUGCCUCGCCGGAAGGGCGCGUUGAGGUAGUGUCCGCUAGAUGGCGGCGGUGAGCCCGGCGAUGUUCCGGCCCGGCGGCGGUCUAGAUCCGUACUCUACACAAAGGAUAAGUGACAACGCAGAGAGCACGCGGUCAAAGAAAUGGUCGUCGAAGUUGAAGCUGAACACUUCUGGCAGCAGCAAAUCGCCGGACAAGUCUCCGGACAGUCUGUACAUGUACGGGACGGUCAGCGCGCCGGGCGGCUCGUCGCUGUCCAAGUCCAUGAAGUACGCGGAGACGUGGCUGUACGGGUCGGUGCGCGCCGCCGCGCCGCCCGCGCGCCCCAGCGUCUUCUCCGCCUACUCCGACGUCUCGGGGCCCGUCCUCAUCAGCACACCGCAGAAACCGACUCCCCACAACUACGCCGUCAUACUAUGUUCCUGUCCCGAAUACCUGAACGGCACCAAGAAAAGCAGCUCUACCAAAGUCAGUAUAUGUAAGAAAUGUAAGGGAUCUCGACUGCCUCUCACCAUUGCUGACAGCCCGCGGCUGCUGGUCGGGGGCACGGUCAGAGGCCCACAGGUCACCAGGGAUGCUAAUGGUAUGAUGAGAGCGGGGACUGCUAGAAUCCCCAGCACUAAGUCGAGGCCAUCUAUACUUAAGCAAGGAGGAGAAACUGACCCGUAUGACUUGAUGCGAAGGAGCAGGCUGGCACCUCCUCAUGAAGCUCGGAUAGGGAGUCAAUUUUCUACGAGUCGGUCCAGGGCCAAGAGCAUAAGCCCGUGUAGAAUGAAAAAUAAGAGACCGAGUCCAGACACCCUGAGAAAGAGUAGAAGUAAAUCGGUGGCCAGGGUGAACAACAUUUGGGUAGAGGAAGAAGAAGUGAGCUCUAAUGAACCAAAAAAAUCUAUUUUAUCGUGUGACAUAAAUCCUUACGAUUUAGUGAAACCAAGUUCCACGAUGAAGUCCCUGGCUGAAAUUGAAUUUGACGAUGAUUAUGGUGAUAUUUUGCAUGACACAUUAAUUAAAAAUGAAAAUUUAAAGUCAUUGAAUAAAUCUAAAUCUGAAACAAAUAUAAAAGCCAUUAGUGGACAAAGAAUUCGUGUAGUAAAUGAAACUAAAUCUAGCAGUGUAAAUGAAGUAUCAAUAUACGAUCCUAUUAAUCUUAAUUACGAUCUCAGCCAUUAUGAACUCAAAACUCAAGAAAUACCAUCAUCACUAUCAUUACCAAAUAUUAAAUCCGAAAACAAGAAGUCAGUUUCUUUAAGUAAAAAUACAAGCAAGAAGGUACUGAAUAUUUCUUCGAACAAUAGAACUAAACAAAAGAGUGUAUCACCAAAACGACCACCUAGAAGAGCUAGAAAUAUAAAAACUGACGAUGACAGUGAAAGUGAUAAUCAAAGAAUGCCUGAAAGAAAUUACGUUCGUAAAUCAAAUAACGAUACAAUAAGGCUUACUAAAUCCAGAAAUCAAAAUAACGAUACGAUAAAAUCUAUUCUGAAGAAACCUAGGAACUACGAUUUGGUUGAGAACACACAUAAAUCAGAAUCUUCUGAAACUUCAUUUGAAGGCAAAAGAAUUUAUUCAUCUCAGUUUUAUAUUCCAAAGCCUAAUGAUAAGACUGUCACAACUCAAUCGAGUACAAUUCUACAACGAAAGAGAGUGCAGUUCUUGGUUGAAAAUGAGGAAACCAAGAUUAUUUAUACUGCCGAGUUCAACUUGCAGGAAAACACUGUACGUGGCAUUCCCGGUGAUGUUCACAUUGAAAAUGAAGAGGAUAUUAUCGCAGAGGGCGAUGUUGUCAGCCAUAGUUUAGGUCAUUUAGAUGAAGCUGAAAUAUCCGAUAUCAUUAACCAAGAAGUAAGUGGUAAUGAUAGUGGAGUGUAUGAAGAUGUCCAUUUGAGUAAUGUGACUGAAAAUACUGUACUGGAUAAUAGUGUGCAACUAACGGAACAAAGUCAUGUGAAAUCGUCGGAUAUUCAAAAUUCAGAGAUCCCUGAAGAUAAUAAUGUCCCGAAAGUACCAGUACUACGUCGGUCGGAGUCUGAAAGAGUAACACCAACAGUUUCAGUAUCUCCACCAAAGUUCUUGGAUACCAUGGCAUUGAGGCCUAAACCAAAACAUUGCCACACGAGUCAAGUGUUUUUAGUGACUUCUAAUGAUACUGAAUUUUAUAAUAACAGUCAAGCAUCAAAAUCGUACAUACAAAAUGCAGCUAUUCAUCAUGAAACGUUGACAUUCCCGACCAGUAAUGAAAGUUCAGUCAUUGAUUCUGGUAAUAUAAGUGACAGCAGUGACAUAACAAGAAACGUUUUAAAACAUUUAAGACGUGGUAUAUCCGAGUCACCCGAUCCACCUCCUAGAUUGAAAUGUAAAGAUAGGUUGAAAUCAAAAAAGAAUAAUUACGUCAAGACACGUUUUAUUCGAAACAACUCCAACAGCUCUACCAGUGACGAAUGGUCUGACGCAAAUGACUAUGAUCAAAAAACAGUACUGAGAGUUAAACAAUUUGAUUCUGGAGAACCUGAAGUAACGAAUAUUUUACCCAGCGAUGAAAAAACUGAAAAUGAGCCACGCAAAACAUCAAUUCAAAUAAAUGGAAACGAAUGUUAUUCAACAAUGAAUGUAAAUAGUGACACUCCGAUUUAUUUAUCAUCUGUGGUCGUAAAUGAAGAUUACGGUAAUGCUUGUGAUACUUAUCAGUCUGGUACUACUGUGACCAUUAGUGUUGGCACUCCACAAAAGGAAAUUAAAAAGACAAAGAGUCAAAUAUAUAUAGGCGCAAAUCUUUCUAACCAUGAUAAUGAGAAAAUUGAAGAAGCAAAUACUUAUGAAGAAUAUUGCAACGAUACAAAUAAAAAUAGCUCUAGAUCUGAAACAAAAAGUUUUGAUAUCAAUGAUAUUACUUCAAUUCUUAAUGAUCCUGUAGAAGCAGUGAAACGUAAUUUGAUUCCACAUGUUUGUGGUAAGAAGGAAACUGACUUAGACAAUACCUCUCUUAAUCACAGUGACAUUGAAGAAAAGUCACCUGAGGGUUUUGUCGCCAAACUUUUUGAUGACCCUUUCUUUGGCCACUUAGCUGAAGGCCUUGAUUCUGAUCUUGUUAAGAAACUAAUUGAGAACUCUUUAAUAAAACUUCAAGAGACUAAGAGCCAGGAAGGAGCAGAGAGUGCAAUAACCAUUGAGAAGUUGAUAGAGAGUUCGCUGAAAAAUAUGAAAAAGGAAGAUAUUUCCAAGUGCAAAGAAAAAGAAAGCGAAGAGAAUCAACAGCCUGAAACUAAUGGUACCAACGACGAGUCUGAAAAUCCAGAAAAUGACACGUCAGUUGACAAUGAAAACAACUGCUCUGCUCCCUAUGAAAGUAUGGAGUAUGAGAGCGGUGCUGUAGGAGUGUUUUCGGAUUUGGAGCCUAUGUCUGAUUGUUAUAAUGCAUCAGCUAGUGAACUUUCCACUGAAGACGAUACUAACUCCACAAGAUCCAAAUUUUAUCAAAUGCUGGUCGAUGCAGCGCUAUGUGACAUUGAAAUAGCGAACAACACCGAUGACGAUCAUCACUACGAAUCGAUACGUCUAAACAGUGACCCGAUUUAUGAAGAAAUUUGUGAUAUGCCGCCGCCUUUACCAAUCAACCCUCCGCCGUUAUCAUUGACUCAUGUCGACGAUGAAAAACGAAAUGGUUCACGCUCAAUCUUUGAAGGUGCCUCUAAAUAUGAUAUUUUAUCCUACUUAGUCGAUGCCAAAGAAAGAGGUAUCGAUGACGAAGACACAUACAUAACCACUUAUGUGUGUGAAAGUGACAAUAACUCUGUUAUACUUCAAGAAUCGAAGGAGUCCAGCCGAUCUGGUCAAAUCAUAGAUUCUCAUCUUAGCAGCAAUACAAGUCAACUAUCAAACGCGUCUGACUCUAGCGAAGAUAACUCAUUAAUCAUCAACCACGACAGUUUAGAGAAGUCUCUUGUUUGUAAGAAAACAUCGGCAGAAAUUGAAAGGAAUGAUUCUGGAGUUGGUUCAGAAACCAGUAAAUCAUCAAGAAGUAGGUUGCAAGGGAAAAACUCACCUUGUAAUACUGUUAAUGGAUCAGAUACUCCAAUACAUCUCUGUGAGGACUGUGAUACUGCUGUGGAGACUCAAGUAACUGAACAAGGGUCUUUGUAUGCGCCACUAGUAUGUCGAAAAUGUGCCAAGAAAAGAGCAGAAAGGAAGGAAAUAUUAACAGAAAUAGUCGAAACUGAAGAAAAAUAUGGCCGUGACUUGCAAAUAAUUCUGGAGGAGUUUUACAAGCCCAUGCUUGUGGCUGGGUUGUUGAACCAGGAACAACUUAGUGCAAUAUUUCUAAACGUUGAAGAGUUAAUUGAGAACAAUCAGGUUUUAUCAGAGAAAUUGAGAGAUGCUCUUGAGAUCGCAGUUGAGCAGGGCGAUGAGGACCUUCUAACAGUGAACGUGGGCAAGAUUCUUCUGGAAUGUUCUGGAAUGCUGACCGCGUUCCAAUCCUACUGCGUGAAGCAAGCCGGCGCCGCGCUGCUAUUGGCUGGGCUCGAGAAAGAGAAGGAGCUACUCAGGAUAUUCCUCCGAGUCUCUCAGAUGGAGAAUGUUGUGUUGCGCCGAAUGAACCUCAACUCUUUUCUAAUGGUACCAGUGCAGCGCGUCACCAAGUACCCUCUUCUCCUAUCCCGACUAUACCGAGCGACGGCUGCCUGCGCAGCCGAGCGCGACGACGUCAAGGCGGCCCAACGUUGCGUGGAGUCUCGUCUCCUAGAGAUGAACGCGGCAGCAGCGGCGGCCGCGGCGGCGGCCAGAGACGUACCGCUGUGGCGCCGUCUGGCGGCGGCGAGGCGAACUGCGCACGACCUGCAUGUGGCUGAUAUCAGGCUGAGGAAGAUGGCGGUUGAUGUGCUGGACUGGAACCAUGAUGACGCACGGUUCGCGAUGGAAGGCAAGCUGCUGUUCACUCUGCCCAACGACAACAACUGGCGGAAGGGGCGCACGAUCAAACUCACGCCGAUCAACGCACUUUUGGUUACCAACGGAAAGCCAACGAUAACGCACAAAACGAACGAGAUUCGCGAGACGCGCGAGGCCCGCGACCGAGAGGCGAGAGAGAGAGAGAACGAUGCACUAUUCGCACGCAGCGGAGUGAGAGAGGCGGCACUACUGCUCGUGAGGGAGAAGGCAGGAAGAUACACGCUGCAGAGGGAGCCACUGUUCCUGGACAGAUGCGUCGUGGCCGCCGAUCACGAGCCCGAACAUUUCUUCGAGGUUCACGAGAUUACUACUAAGGAUUCGUAUAUUUUUAAGGCGGAGGAGAGUUCCCGGACGCGCACGUGGUACCGCCAGCUGCAGUAUCACGCGCAGGGCGCGGGCGCGUGGCGCAAGCGGCGGAACGCGCUCGCCAACAUCAUGAUCAACCCGAUGCUGACGCGGAAUUGACAUGCGCCCGUAUUACCCGACCAAAUUCAGAUGACGCUGGGUGAAUGAAGAAAUUGAUGUUUUUUGCGGCAACUUAUCUUAUUAGAAAAUUUGGCAAUUUGUUAUUUACUUAUUGAAAAUUUGGUAAAAGAGUGAAGUGCUGUAAAACAAAAUAUUCUAGAGCAGAAAUUGUUAAAUUGAUUGCGUUUAAAAUGCAUUUAGUUUUCUCCCAAUUUUAAUGUACUUAACAUCAUGGGGAGUCGAUUAUGGAUUAUUUUUUUGUCAGCAAAUGUUUGUUUAAGUGA